ACUUUGUUUGCAAUAGAGCAAAUCAUAGAGAACGAGAUGAGAACGCAGCAAAACAACAGCCUCUUUGCGAACGAGCACGGUCGUCUUUUGAUUCUCUCGCUUGGGACGGGCUCGCCUAAGCGUAAGGAGAAAUACUAUGAGGCGAAGAAAGCAAGAAAGUGGGGCCCACUCGGGUGGUUGUUCAGCUGCGGCUCAACUCCUCUACUCGACGUGCUUUCUCUGGACUUGACAGAUUAUCACAAUCCUGUUGUGCUUCAGGCACUACAUUCUCAAGAAAAUUACCUCAGAGUUCAUGACGACACGUUGACUGGAGUAGCGUCUUCGUUAGACGUGGCGAGUGAGAAGAAUUUGAGUCGACUCGUGAAAGUCGGGGAAAGUUUGCUGAAAAAACCGGUCUCGAGAGUCGAUUUGGAGACUGGAGUACUUGUGCCCUCUGGCCAGGGAACAAAUGAGGAGGCAUUGAUUAGGUUAGCAGGCAUACUUUCGAAGGAGAAACGGAUUCGAGAUGCGAAAUCGAGGGAUGUUCGUCAUGAAGGCGGAUGA